CAACGUCAGUAGCUCAGACUAUCAGCCAGCAGGGAACAACAAAGGAAGCGAUGCUUUGCGUUUCUUCCCUACGCACGUACCGUUGGACACAAUGGCAAAACUACGUGCGCGCUCCCGCUGUGUAGCGACAAGAUGGCGGUCGCCGCCGGAUCAGUUAAGGUUCCCCGCAAUUUCCGGCUCCUGGAAGAGCUGGAGGAAGGUCAGAAAGGUGUGGGAGAUGGAACAGUGAGCUGGGGUCUGGAGGAUGACGAGGACAUGACCUUAACACGAUGGAGAGGGGUGAUCCUUGGCCCUCCAAGGACAAGCUAUGAAAACAGGAUGUACAAUCUGAAAGUUGAAUGUGGGCCAGAAUAUCCAGAGUUACCACCGUUUGUCAGAUUUGUGACAAAGAUAAACUUGAAUGGCGUGCACACCUCCAACGGUGUGGUUGACAUGCAUGCGGUGACUGCACUGGCCAAGUGGCAGAACUCCUACAGUAUCCAGAUGGUGCUGCUGGAGCUGCGAAGGCUCAUGACGUGCAAGGAAAACAUGAAGCUUCCUCAGCCACCUGAGGGCCAGAUCUACACCAACUGAGCCCCUGCUACUUUUGCCUCCAUCUUUUUCUCCUUUUCCUCCCCCAACUCUUCUGUUUUGCUUUCACCCCUUUAUCCCCAUUCUGCGCCAUGUGACAUUCCACCUCCUUUCGACACCUUGGCUGAGCACGCACACACAAAGCUGAUGACAUAAAUAUACAAUAACAGAUACAUGAGAAACAAACAUACACAUAUAUCUGUAUAAACACAUACAGCAGAAGACAUAGUAUACAAUAACAGAUACAUGCAAACACAUAUGCACAAACACACAUAUAUAUAUGUAUACACACACUUACUGAGCGUUCAUGAAAGUCAUUUUACGCACUGGCCCCUCCCUCUCCCAUCACUGGAGCUCUGGGUGGACUUGAUGUGACGAGGCAGGCGGAGUCCUCAGUCUACACCAGAUGUGAUCAUUCGAAUACUGUACAUGUUACUAAUCUUUUUUUAUUAUUAUUUGUUAAAAAAUGCAGAUUGUACAAUAACAUAAAUAAUCUUAUUGAGUGUACCUCUUGUGUGUUGCCUUUUUGUAACAUUGAAAACAACCACUUAACAUAAGUGCACGUAGUUGACUGAAUGUGUGUUUGCUGUUAGUCUUCUUUCAAAGUAUACACAUCAAACCCCGUACCCAAACCACAUUUAGAUUGGAAAAUACUGUCUUGUCAUGUGGCCAGAUGUCUAGUGAAAUUUUUUCUUCUGUGUGUUUUGACUGCACAGAACCAUUGUGUUUUCAAGCAGUCCAGUAGUAAACAGCUGUCUGCAGCUCAGCAAGGUGCCUGGAAGUGGUCACCUUAGUCACGCAUGGCUUUUGUUAUUCCUUCUAUGUAAGAAUUGUCCAAAGUGAACAUUGUGUACAGUACCUAUACCACUAUAUCUGAUCUUAGUAUGCAUUGUAGCCUAGUAUGCAAAUCUACUGUAGGUCUGCAGAAGUCCCAGUUAAACCAUGCUUGAAAAUAGAAGUGAAAUCAGCUACCUCUUGGUCCUGUGUAACGUCAGGGGAGUUAUCUGACUUGUGAAACUGUCUUUGCUACUCCAUGUGACAACUUGUUUUACUUUCUCCACUUCUUUCAUAAAUAUUACUUUAUGCUUUUCA